AAAGCCCAACGUGCUCUCGGCGACCGAGCGGAGUUUCUGUCUUCUCUGGAAGACGGAGGAGGAGAGGAAAAGGGAAGAAAGCCACCGCUUCUCUGUCAGAGCAGACCAUUAUCUUUAUUUCUCUCUCUCUGUCCAUCUCUCUCUCUCUCUCUCUCACCUCUGGAAAUGGAGCGCUCCAAAGUGAAGCAGAGCGAGAAGGAGGCGCCGGUGGGCAGCGACGCGUCUCUGAACGGACACUGUGAAGGAGGGAGGGCGAAGGUGGCCAAGUGGAAGGAUGCAACUGGUGAAGCCUGUAGCAGCAGCAAGCAGACCUCUUCGGUCAUGGAGAGCUGGAAGGAGGAGCGCACUCGGAGCGUGGAGGACAACGAGAUGAGCCUGCCCAGCAUAGCUGCUGCCUACACCACCAUCCUCAGGGGGCUGGGAGAAGACCCCCAGAGACAGGGCUUGCUGAAAACUCCUUGGAGAGCAGCUACAGCCAUGCAGUUCUUCACCAAAGGCUACCAGGAGAAAAUUAUAGAUGUUCUGAACGAUGCCAUUUUUGACGAGGAUCAUGACGAGAUGGUGAUCGUGAAGGACAUCGACAUGUUCUCCAUGUGUGAGCACCACCUAGUUCCCAUCUUCGGCAGAGUCCAUAUAGGCUAUCUCCCAAACAAGAGGGUGCUUGGUCUCAGCAAACUGGCCAGGAUUGUGGAGAUCUACAGCAGGAGAUUACAAGUCCAGGAGCGGCUGACCAAACAGAUCGCCGUGGCCAUCACUGAAGCUUUACAGCCUGCCGGAGUCGGAGUCGUCAUUGAGGCAACUCACAUGUGCAUGGUGAUGAGAGGCGUGCAGAAAAUGAACAGUAAGACGGUGACCAGCACCAUGCUGGGGGUCUUCAGGGAGGACCCCAAAACCCGGGACGAGUUCCUCACGCUCAUCCGGAGCUGAGGAGAGCCGCACCAGCAGAAACAUCGCUCAGACCAGCCGUCCCCCUUCGACACUCACUGAACCCACCGAGUCAUCUCUGAAUAAUCAGCCUUCACGCUGGCGCCGUCGCUGCGGGGCCCCCCGCCCUCAGCCCGGCCCAGCGUGAUACGCAAGU